UUUUCCACUAAGUGACAGAAAUAAAAUUGGUAACACUGCAGAAUGUAUAACGACGACUUUGUAAAGCAAUAUUUUUUUGCAUAUUUUCUAGACUUUUAAAAAAUAAUGUUAUAAUAAUAUUGAUACCGAAAAUGAUAUUUACAAUAUUCUACUUCCACUACCACUAACCACCACUUUCCCCGUAGGUUGAGCCAAUCCUGGCUCAUAGGAAAAUUCAUGAGUACCCACACCUCCACCUCCACCACAACUCUAAAAGAAAGCAGCUACCUCUACGGAACCCUAAUCAUUUUAGCCAAUUUUUUUAGCGUCCUCGUAUCCCACUUCUACCAACUCAAAAUCCAGCACCUGGGUAUGAAAAUCAGAAUCGGCUGUUGCUCCCUAAUCUACCGAACCUCGUUAAAAAUCAACAAAAACGCCGCAGCUGCAUCAAACGUAGGUACCAUCAUCAACCUCCUAUCAAACGACGUCAACCGCUUAGACUUGGCAGCCAUGCACCUCCUCCAGCUUUUAGUAGCACCCAUUGAAACCAUCGUCAUAAUAUAUUUUUUAUACGCAACAGUAGGAGCAACGGCUGUCGCCGGAAUCGUACUACUAUUCCUGUUCGUACCUUUCCAAACGUUAACCGGCAAACUAACUACGUCCUACAGGCAAAAAACGGCGACUCGAACAGACCAAGGAUCAAACUCAUGGAGGAAAUCCUCACGGGAAUCCAGGUCAUCAAGAUGUUCACUUGGGAAAAAUUUUUCGCAAGAACCGUCGAACAAGCUAGAAAAGACGAAAUUCGUCAAAUACGGAAAGCUUCGUUUAUUCGGGCGUUGAAUGUGGCUUCGAUGCUCUUCAUGAAUCGGUCUGGGAUCUUCCUGUGCAUUCUAUCCUACGCACUAACUCAAAGAGAAGUCAACGCCACGUACGUUUUCGUUGUUUCUUCGUACUACGCCAUCUUGCGUCAAACCGUCACUGUAUAUUUUCCCUUCGGUGUUCAAAAUUUCUGCGAAACCAAGGUUUCGGUCAGACGAAUUAGAGAAUUUUUGACGACGGUCGACCAACGACAAAACCAAAUCACUGGUGAAGAACCCGAAGAGAAGAAACAUCUUAUAGAAAAUGUGGAUGACGCUGGCGCUGUUGGUGUGUAUUUGAAGAACGUAUCCGUGAAGUGGCAGCCUUUAGUCCACGUUUUGAAAAGUGUGACUUUGAAGUCGCUGCUAAUGACUUAGUUGUGAUAACUGGAGUCGUCGGGAGUGGGAAAUCAACUCUCCUUUACGCUAUUUUAAACGAAGUACCGCACAGUGCGGGAAGUGUUAGUGUAACAGGUACCAUUUCGUAGUCAUCCCAAGAACCAUGGUUGUUUUCGGGGACCAUCCGACAAAACAUUAUAUUUGGCUCGAAAUUCGACGAACACAAAUAUAGAACAAUUAUCAAAAUCUGUCAAUUGGAAAAAGACUUUUCGACUUUAGUGGAUGGUGACGGUACUUUAGUAGAAGAGCGCGUAAGUUUGUUAAGUGGGGGUCAAAAAAGUUGCAUGAGUUUGGCACGCGCUCUUUACAAAGGUGCAGAUAUUUACCUAUUAGAUGACCCUCUAGCGGCUGUAGAUGCAAAAGUGGGAGCGAAAAUUUUCAAUGACUGUAUUUUACAGUACUUGAGAGACAAAUGUAGGAUUGUGGUUACGCAUUCUUCGAACUAUCUUGUCGGGGCUGCGACCAAAAUCUACGCGGUGGAUAACGGGAUGUUGGUCAAUGAUUUUAGUUACCGGAAGACCGACAUCGUCAGGAACGAAGAUGUCACCUCUAAGAACACCGAACAACUAAGAACCGAACCGAAGAAAGAAAAUAUAGAACAACGAACCGGGAAAGUGUCUAUUAAAGUAUAUAAAAAGUAUGCAGAAGCUGGAGGACACAAAAUCAAAAUUAUAUUGUUGUUUAUACUAUUUGCUGUCACCCAAACUGCAGCAAGCGGUGCCGAUUACUUCGUGGCGUUUUGGUCCAACUUGAAUGGACGACAGAAUGCAGAAAGUGUCCUCACACUAAGUAUAUCUGUAUACGUCACAAUAAUUAUCGCCCUUGUAACUGUAUCAAUCGGUCGAUCGACUUUAUUUUUUCAACACUGCAUGAGGACGUCCAUCAAUUUGCACAAACAGAUGUUUGCAAGGAUCAGCAAAGCGCCGAUGUUGUUUUUUAAGACAAAUCCGACUGGAAGAAUUUUGAAUCGUUUUUCCAAAGAUAUAGGGUUGAUGGAUGAGACUCUACCGUUGCUAUUGAUGGACACGUUUCAAGUUGCGUUCAUUGUACUAGGGAGCGUCGUAUUGGUAUCAGUUGUAAAUCCGUGGAUGUUAGUACCUACGGCUGCCGCUUUUCUAGUAUUCUACGUGUUCAAGAGCAUCUUCUUGGCCAUAACUCGUACCAUAAAAAGAUUAGAAGCCGAAGCUAGAAGCCCGAUCUACAACCACAUGCAUGCUUCGAUGCAGGGCUUAGUUACCAUUCGCACCUUCAACGUUCAAACUACGUUACAAAAAGAGUUCGAUUAUCACCAGAACCUCCACAGUUCGGCGUUCUACCUCUUCAUGACCUGCAACAGAGCUUUCGGUUUUUGGUUAGACAUGAGUUGCGUGUUCUACACAAUUGUAGUAAUAACAGCCACAAUGUUAACCGACACAGCCGCCGCUGAUGCUGGUUUAAGCAUAACCCAAUCCAUAAACCUAAUCGGAGUACUACAAUGGGGAAUCAGACAAUGGAGCGAAUUAGAAAACCAAAUGAUUACAGUGGAACGUGUCCUUGACUACACUAAAGUCGCAUAAGAACCAGACUCACGAACCAGAGACAAUUUUCAAAACUGGCCAAACAACGGCGAAAUCAAAUUCCAAUCUGUGUCACUAACUUAUUUCGACAAACAGUGUCCAUCUCUCGACAACGUCAAUUUUCUUAUAAAAUCAAAAGAAAAAAUAGGGAUAGUAGGGCGAACGGGUGCUGGUAAAUCAUCCCUAGUGUCUUCCUUAUUCCGUCUAUACG